UGCCGGCACUUCGUGUGGGGUUGCUGCGGGGUGCGGUGUGCAGCGCGGGGCGGUGGUGCGCGUCGAGGGUAUGACGGCUCGGGUAGUGACACAGUGCUCAGAAAUGACUUGAGAAAGUACGUGUUAAGACGGAUUGCACUAGUGCGCUCUCCGGACCCUGAGCGUACGACCAGCCCUGGUGAAUUCGUGAUGAUGGAAACGGUAAACGGGCGGUAUUCUCUACAGCAGGACCAAUACAGCCCGCAUAUUAAACGAGUCCUCAAAAACUACCGGUCUUCAGCUAUGGACAGUUUAUCCGGACCACGCGAGUUUGCCCACUUCAAACGUGAAUCUAUCGUCAGCGACGACGACUGUUUGAAGCCGAAGGCGACAUCGUGUGCGCUGAAGCCGGCCGCGCUCGUGCACGUGCCGAAGACGGUCUGCGAAAAACGCACGUGUGAACAAUCAUCUGAUACUUCGGGAACGAAAACUAACAGUGACAGUGAUUCGCCGGCGGAUCCGAGCCCCACUCCGCCGCGCAUCCCCUUCCCGCCCCCUAUUCUCUCAGCGCCCGACCAGGCGUGGGGCGAAGUUAGCGAGACCUGCCUGGAGGGCGAGACUAUAUCUUGUUUCUCCGUGGGGGGUGAAAAACGGCUUUGCCUCCCGCAGGUACUGAACUCAGUGCUGCGAGGAGUCAGUAUUUCACAAAUCCACGCUGUUUGUGACGAGCUGCACAUUUUCUGUUCCACGUGUAGCAAAGAGCAAUUGGACGUUCUGAAGAAGAGUGGCAUCUUGCCGCCCAGCGCCUCGCAAUGCGGACUCAUCACCAAAACCGACGCGGAGCGGCUCUGCAGUGAGCUGCUCAACGUGAGCGCACCCCAACUUCUCAAAUCGGACGACUCCUGCAGCCUGAAGCAGCGAAUGGACGUGCAUCAUAAAUGUUUCGGCAAGUGUCGGGGGACGCUGCGGCUCGAACUGUACACGUCCUCGCCGGCGCGCUGCAUCGAGUGCAAUGACUGCCGCGGCCUGUUCGCCCCCAUCAAGUUCGUGUCUCACACGCACGAGAACCGCGAGACGAGGACAGUGCACUGGGGCUUCGACAGCUCCCAGUGGCGGAACUACCUGUUGUUGUGCCCCGGCCAAGCCGAACUGGAUGUGAAGGAGACUCUGUUCAAGGAAUUCAAGAACAAGUUUGAUGUGACACUCAAACGGAAACAGUCGGCGUCGGAGGACGUGCCCGAGGACAAGCGCUGUCGGCUGGAGGAGGCGGCGCCGGCGGCGGCGCUGCUCUGUCCGCCCGGCUUCCUGGACCCGGCGCUGCUGUACCGC